CCGGGCACUUUACUCCACACAAGUCGCGUCUGAAUCCUCGGUCUGCUUCUCUCUGUUCUCGUCUCCGAACACCGUGGUCAGAACGACCCAAACGGAGCGCUGAUAUACGAGGUUCGUGUUGAUGACCUCUAUCUGCCAGUCAAAUGGCAAUGCGAGGGCUAGGACGAGCUUGGCGCACUCGACCAUAUCGCUCUGCACACCAAGGAGUCCACAAAGUACGGUAAAUGCCAACAAAUGGUAUCAUUGUUGCCAAGAUGACACGCCGUCAACGCUACGCAGAAGUACCUCUGCGCAAGCCAUGCAAUGCGAACAAGUACUUCAAAAAGAAUUUGUGCUUCAUUGUCCACUAUCCAGUAGAAGAGGUCAUCGAUGCCUUCCAAGCAAGAUGUUUAGGCGCCAUCCUUUGAAACCGUUUCUAUUAUUGACCAGCGGCACCACGGCGCUUGCAGCCUCACCAGAGAGUUCGUCCCAGGUCCCACUCCAACGCGAUGCUACCUACGCUCUCCUUUCUGGUGGUCCCGGGGUGAAGCGAGCUGUCACAAGGCACAGUGAUUUUCUAGAUUGUACGAGCCUUCGUGGAGAGCCUGUAGGUAGUCGCCAAAACGACGAAUCUCGUCGGACAUCGCGGCGCUGCUGAAAAAGACCAUGCAUUGACUCAGCUGCGAGUGGAAGAGGGGUUGUGUUGUUGGAGUAGCACAAGACGUCUGAGAAGUUGUUUCAGCUACGCUGAAGAAGCCACGAGCUCUGACGGCGCUUAAGUGAACAAAGGCAGGCUCUGUCGCUUUAUUCUGCUAUUAAGCUUCUUCGAUUCUUUCUUGCUUCUUCUUUCAUUCAUUC